CGUCUUUUCGAAAUGUUCUGAAUAUUUUUCGUCACCCGCUCCCAGAAAUAUCGGCCGCAAAAUCGAGUGGACACCACCGGUCGGCGAGAGAGAGUGUAAUCAUUUGCGUGGUGCCACCGCUCUGCACGCACAUCUAGGACAGCUGACAGCGGUACCGAUUGUACUUAUCAUUUGCCUGCUCCACCUUCACUCCCCACCCACCAAAACGUCACGCAACAUAAUUGAAUUAUAUUAGGCCCCCGACCAGUGUCGGAUCGGCCCCAUACACACACCACGCACGCACGCACGGCGCUACGUUGGAGAUCCCCUUCCCCCCUUCGGCAUCCGUGGGCUACUUGGAUUGCCUGUGGCAGGAAAACGAUUACGAGUGAAGAGAGUGAAGAAAAUCGGUCCAAGAUUGCCUUCCGCCAACUAUGAUGAACGAAGAGUCCUCGUCGCCGGCUAGCCGGAACGUGGUAGCACAAUUCUUCAGGAGGCUAGGUCAGCUCUAUCAACUGCAGCUGGACAAAUGGACGCCCCACACCAAGGUACGGUGGGUGGCGGCGUUCGUACUGAUCGGUCUGUUCCUGCUGCGAGUAUUCACCAAACAGGGCUGGUACAUCGUAACGUAUGCGCUUGGCAUUUACCAUCUGAAUCUGUUCAUCGCUUUCCUUACGCCGAAAAUUGAUCCGGCGCUCGAUCUCGACGAUGAUCAAGGACCGGAACUACCGACCAAGGCGAACGAAGAGUUUCGACCCUUCAUCCGCCGGUUACCGGAGUUCAAGUUUUGGUACGCAAUCAGCAAAAGCACGGUGAUCGGUAUCAUCUGUACCUUCUUCGAGGUGUUCAACGUGCCCGUCUUUUGGCCAAUCCUGGUGCUCUACUUCAUCACUCUGUUCUGCAUCACGAUGAAGAGACAGAUCAAGCACAUGAUCAAGUUCCGCUACCUGCCAUUUACCCAUAGUAAGCCCCGCUACCAGGCGGUGCCAACGGAAAAGUGACAAUUAAAAGCACAAACUCUACCAGCAUCCGCAUCGUCCUCGUGUUCGUCGCUGGGAUCGGCCGUUGGCGCAGCUGGAACGGCUGGCAUCAUGACAGCCGCCGCUCCCAUGGCCCCCUCGUCGGUGGCAGCCGUUCACCCGUCCGCGGUGUCGCAGCCAUCUUCGUCCUCGUCGUCGUCCUCGUUGCCUUUCGCUAGCUCCGCUUCGGUGACGAUUUCAACUGUCUAAAACCGCGGCCCUUUUGUGGGCUUGAGCAGGGAGGGGUUGGGAGAGAGAAGGUCAAAAGCAGAUAGUACAGUAAACCCAGGGGCCCACAAACUUCAUACACACGCCACUUGGUUAGAUCAUUCGAUCACCAUUCGGGUUUUUUAUGGUUUCCGGUCCACUUUUAAACUAUCUUUUGAGCACCCCUUACCUCUUCGGUUUUUAGCAGCAAUCCCGUUCCCCGGCACGACCCGUAUGAGCGAAGUGACUAGGAUUUUUGAGAUGUGUUUUCUGGUAUUGAUUUGUGCUUACGUCGUAGUAGAACAGCAUAUUAACGGAUAAGGAGACGGAGGUACGUUCGAUUCUUAGUUUCCCGGCAUUAAUGGCGUUUGCAUUGCUCUCGUGUUUGUUCCGCCACGCUGCUGUUGGUCCACAUUAAUUUCCCUUCUAGUUGUUCUUUAGAAAUAGACAAAAGCAAACAACGGCAGGUUUACGGCCUUAUUUUAGAUUCUCGCUUAACAUGGAGUUGAUGCUGAAUUGAUUCCACCCCCUGCGGGUGGUGGUUUUGAAUUGCAAGUAAAUAGGAUGAACUGAUCGAUAUCGAUGGAAAAUGGCCAAAAAGUUCCGAAGAAGUUCCAAAACAGUGGACCAAACGCAGAUAACGCAAACCGGCAGUUAGAGUUUGUUUAAAGUGUUAUAAUGUUUAAUUAUUUUGUAAAGUAUGGGAGGAGCAGAUAAGUUUCUUGUAAUUAUUACGAGUAAUAGGAAGGCUUAGGUUGAUAGGUUCUCUAUUUGCUGCAAACAUAUUAUAACCAUUUCGCCCUUUAUCAUUUAAAAGUAUUUUACUACGAAUAUCGUUCCGCACCCCGUUUCAUUUACGACUCUAUUCACCGUUUCCUUUUUUCCUUAUCUCUUUUCAUUUUCUAUUGUUUCCUCUCUCAAAACUCCCAACAGUUCUGAGGUUCCCAGUUUUAUUCUUUUAGUCCGCUUGCGCCUUACGGCGUUACUUCUUCAGCAGCUUACAGACCACGCGGUCAGGAAGAGAUAUAGUUCAGGCAAGGUUGGUGCAUUUGAUUUAAGCCGGAACCGUUUUCAUGUAUAGUGGAGGCUGUUGGGGUAUUUGGUUUAGCCUUUUUGCGACCGCAAACAAGGAAGCAACAUACGGCCAUCGAGCGAGCGAUAAGAUAAUGAAAGGCUUUGACACGGCUUUGUCACGCCAGAUAGCUUGCUAGUGUGCGGUGCGUAUGAUUCGUCAAAAUCAGAAUCCUACAAAAAGCAGAAGCAGAUGAAGGUCGGCCCAGUCUCACACGAUGCACAUGAUUUAUAGAAUUAUUCUUUCCAUUUGUUCUGAAGCAGCGGAUUGUUUGUGUGUUCGUAGAACGUCGUUCAUUUAGAAGGAUCCAUUCUCCAUUCUCCGACCCGAACGGCGGCAGGGAACGGGUUACGAAACGGCGGUGCAAUCUACGCAAGCGAGCGACUCGCGUGGGCUCUAGAUAGAGAGGAACUGUGGCGUGGAAAACAGGAAGCAAAGGUCUGGGAAAGGGCGGGGGACACAGUAGGGGCACUCCACCACGGCGCUCCCUCCCUCCUUUAUAACCAAAUAAACGAAUAAAGUAAUCAGAACAGAACUGUGUACAGAAUGAUGUCCGCUGGCUC